AUGGCCGAUGAAGGAGGUGAAAACAUUUCUGCGCCCAGAGUCCCGCCUUCAUACCAAAACUUGGUCACAGCUCUGACAGCCGUAUCUAGUAUCUCGCUAUUUUGCACGUUGUCUUGUAUCAUUGUGUUCUUCAUACUCCUAUCCUUCAACGCGCACCGGGUCAAUAUCCCUUUGGUCAAGAUCACAAUGUCGAUUCAGAGUGUCCACGCGAUUGCUCUUAUACUAUCAAUUUUAUUCAACGAGAUCACCAUUACAUCUGAGGUGCUGUGUAGUAGUCUGCGAUACAUCAUGUUUAUAUGCUACCUAUCCUCUAUAUUCAUGUGUUGCGCAAUAACAAUCCACUUGUGGCUGGUCAUUACGCUACGCAAGCUAGACCAGACUAGACGCAAUGAGCGGUGGUACUAUAUUAUUUCGUUUGCCCUUGCCAUUUGCUUGUCUGCAUCACUAGCAACCAUUCCAAACAGCGCCUACGGUCUUGCCAACCGGUGCAUGAACGCCUCUAUCCCCACCCCUCGGUACUUAGCCAUUCGCUGGGGCCUGUACUACAGCUGGUUUGUAGUCGCGUCGUUGAUCUCAAUUCUAUGCAUGAUCAGUGUGUUGCGCUCAGCAUUUAGGCUCACUCACACAACUCACGCACAUGGCCGAAGGCACAUAUCAACCACCGAAGAUUAUAGAAGCGCUGUCAACGCUCGAGCCAACGGAAAACGCCUGCGCUCGCUCGUAUUCUACACGAUCGCAUACCCGGUUAUAAGUUUGGUGUGCAAUUUCCCGACGCUCAUGCAAGAACUGCUAUCAACAGUGCUCAAAAAGAAUAUGAUGGGAUUUAGCUUUGCCGCGCGGCUCUUGCUGGCCUGCGAAGGCACGUUUCUCGCAUUGACCUUCUUUUUGUACCCGGCAGUCUUGCAUUCGAUCCGCGACAUCACCUACAUUGCUGUCCAGUACUGGAUCGUUGAACAGGAGGAGUUUUGGCGGCGGAAACAGAGUGAGAACGCGCCAACGGCAGAGCCAAAGGCUGUGCCAAGCGUGAAUUCAAAAAUUGCUACUCAUUCGACAGUGGCAAAGCCUACUGAAGGGCUAAAUUUGACACCCAGUCGAAAUAUAAAGGUGCUGCGCAGAACGCAGAGCGAAAAUUCGCCUGUUACAGUCGACUCGCUUUAUACAGAUAACGAUGACGACGACAGCGAUGGUGAUCUUCCCGAUGCGUCCAGCCUGCUGAACUCUCCGUGUUUGGCACAGGUGGGUCCGAAAAAGUUUAGAGUCGAGUUUUUUGACGGCUACGUCAAAUCGCUGGGCAGAGCAAAUAUCCACACCAUGUACGAAAAGAGGUUCCAAACCUGCAGACUGGCCAGGUGGUACGCCGAUCCACCGCGGGCGGCGAUGUCGGAAAACUCGCCCACGCAUGAUGACAGCCUGGCAAUGCCCUUGCGAGAUUAUCCGACACUGUUUGGUGACAAAUAUAAUACGGCCGAGCUGUGGGUAUCGACGCCCGACAUCGCGGUGACCGCUUUUAACGAUCCCACGGAAAUACUCAGCGAAGUGUCGGGAAUCAACGCCGAUGUCAAUAACAAUACUGCUGGUUUGAUCAGCCUGACCACCACGACAAUGCCUGAUUUUAAACACAACACUGAAACGCAUCUUAAGCAGUGCAGCCAGGAAGAUUCAAACCAGCAGCGACAGGAGUCAUCGCUGGCGCUUAAAUUUGUCCACGAUGUGCUGCUGCCGCACGCCGUCAAGCGGAUGACAAUGGAGCGCGACAAGUGCACACUCGAGGAGUGUGAACUGCGCAUGCGCAUGAGCAGCAGCGAGAACCAGUGGGUCGAUCAUAUACUUGCUGCCCGAGGCAUCUCGCGAGAUCCCUCAUCUUGAUCUGAAUCUUUGGCGCCCUUGCAUCAACAUUUUUUAUAAAAUGCUCGAUUAUCUUUUUUUUGCAGCAAUACCAAAAAAAAACCUCAUUGUUAACACGUUGUUGCUCUUUUUCUCUCCGUCUUUACC